AGCGCAUGCGGUUUCACGCUGUCACCCGUCACAGGAGCACUUCCCCCUGACUUGAGCACGAGAGGAGAAACCUUGGUCAAUUCAUGUCAGCUCCAGCUGUGGAAGCUCGGCAGGUGUUGUUGUUGUUGUUGUUGUUUUUUAGUCUACUUUUGUCUUCCUCCUUAUCUCGGUGCGCGUCCUGAAUGCGUCUUGUUUUUCCGGGAGAACUGCGGAGCUUCCAACAGGUGUUGGGGGCACGAGGAUGAACAUGUCCAAUGGGAAAGGCGCAAAUGCAGCAGAAAAGUCCUCACCGAUGACCCUGAAAGAGAGCCUGGAUGAGUGUAUGGAGGCGCUGGAUCUCUUCCUCAACAACCACUUCAGUGAGAGUCUGGAGAGGCUGCAGCCAAGAGUGAACGAGAGCAUGUACCACGCGCUCAUCUACGCCACAGUGCUGGAGAUGCAGGCCAUGAUGACCUUCCAGCAUGAUGACAUCACCAAUGCGGGGAAUACCAUGAAGAGUGCCCAGGAGGUCUGUCAGAGGUUCAGACGGAAAAACAAGUCCGAGGGGGAAUCGCUCACCGAAGUGCAGCUUCACGCUGAAGUGUGUUUCGCUGAAUGCCAACUACAAAGAGCUGCUCUCACCUUUCUACAGGACGAGAACAUGGUGAGUUUCAUCAAAGGAGGGAUCAAAGUGCGAAACAGCUACUUGAUUUACAAAGAACUACAUGGCUUAGUCAAAUCCAACACCUACCUCAAAGGACCCAGCCACGUUCACUUACAGGGAGGAAUAGCAUUUGGAAUAGGGGCUUUUAAUCUGACGCUUUCUCUGUUUCCUCCGCGGUUACUGCGGUUGUUGGAGUUUGCAGGUUUUUCAGGAGAAAAGGAAUAUGGUCUGUCCCUGCUGCAUGACGGCGCCACGGGAAUGAACCUGCGCUCCAUGCUGUGUGCGCUGCUGCUGCUCUGCUACUACACCUUUCUCACAUUCAUACUAGGGACGGGCGAGGGAGAGGUCGCAGAAGCGGAGAAGCUGCUGAAACCGUUCCAGCUUCGCUACCCACGGGGAGCAAUAUUCCUCUUCUUUGCCGGCAGGACUGAAGAGAUCAAAGGGAACAUUGAUGAGGCCGUGGCUCUCUUUGAAGACGGCUGCAAGGCCCAGCAGGCGUGGAAGCAGUUCCACCACAUGUGCUACUGGGAGCUGAUGUGGUGCUUCACCUAUAAGCGUGUGUGGAAGAUGGCGUACUUCUACGCUGACCUGCUGAGCCAGGAGAGCAACUGGUCCAAGGCCAUGUAUGUGUACAUGAAAGCUGCAUACCUCAGCAUGCUGCCUAAGGAUGAGGCGAGGCCUUUUGGGGAUGACGAGGUACAACUCUUUAGACAAGUACCCGCCUUCAAGCAGAAGAUAGCGGGGAAGUCUCCGCCCACUGAGAAGUUUGCGAUUCGUAAAGCCAGACGUUACAAGGCCGCCUGCCCGGUCAGGCUACCAGUGCCAGUGCUGGAGAUGAUGUACAUGUGGAAUGGUUUCAGCAUGAUCAAGAAACGACCGGAGCUGACGGAAGGCAUGAUGCAGACUCUGACGGAGGAGGAGCGCGUUCUGCAGGAAUCUCCCGAGAAUGAGUUUUCGGUGGAUGACCGGUGUCUGAUCCACCUGCUGAAGGGUCUUUGUUUCAGGAACCUGGGUUUGCUCCAGGAUGCAGAGGAGAGCUUCAAAAAAGUGUUUGCCAGUGAAAAGAAGAUCAAGUUUGACCACUACCUGCUGCCCAACUCUCUGGUGGAGCUCGGUCUGCUCUACAUCGAUCAAGGCAGAAGAGACGAGGCCAUUAAAGCACUGCGCAAGGCCAAACACAACUACAAAGAUUAUUCCAUGGAGUCUCGGACACAGUUCAGGGUUCACGCCGCUCUGGCCAAACUCAAGACCGACCCCAGUGAAGACGAGGACUCUCACCUGUAAGAAGACGUCUCUGCGGCCCUGCACAGGCUCUUGUCUCACAGUUGGACUCCUCCAUGUCUCACACAGUCAGUGGAGGCUGUUUCUAGCUUGAAACCCAGUCUGUAACUUGUACGCCUUCUUUUUCAUGGAGUGAACACUGGGUGUUCCCUCUUGUGUGCCGGUGAAGUGGUAAAACUUUCCCUUCUUUUUUUUUUUAUCACACUCUCACACGACAAAGGUACAACCUGCAUAUUUACAGUGGACGUCGUGUCCACUCUGACUUUAAAGAGAAGAACUGUGGCAGGGAGACAUUUUAAUUCCAGGCACCUUGAAUUUCACCCGUCUUCCGUUAGUCAACACAGACUUGAGUGUAUAUAGAGGAAACAUUGUAUUUUAUGGAUUAAAAAUCAGACACUGAAUCAAUGAUUGAUUAAUGUCAUUUUGAAGACUUAUUAAAUGUAUAAUUUUACAUGACUGUUGCUUCAGCAACUGUUCACUAA